AUGAUGAUGGAGAGGGUUUCACUCUUUUGUUUAUUUACAUUUCUCGCGCCAAAUUUAAUCGUGGCAAAAGAAUACACUGCUGUUAUGGUUGUUAAAAGUGUUUUCAGAGAUUUAAUCGAUUGUACAUUUUAUGACGAUUCAACAACACAGUGCAUGGAAGAUAGAACGACGCGAAAUAUACAUAAUUUAAAUACAGUUUUAAAACCGAAUUUAGAUUCGACAUUUUCGGAAAGAUCUGGUAAAAAUAUAGAUGUUAACAACAACAACAACGAUGAUGAUGCAGAAUUGGAAAAUUUAAAAAAUGAAAAUUUUAACAUGGUACGAGAAAUUCAAAAUCGAACCGUUGAAUCCAGAGGGUUAAUCGACGAGUUGAGUGAAUUCCUGACUUAUCUAACAUCAAAAUUUUUAAGUCCUUUUAUGAUUAAUAAUAAUGAUGACGAUGGUAAAAAUAACAACAGCAACGAAGUUGUUGAAGAUAUUGUUUGA